AUGGAUCCAAAACUUGAACAAGCAGCUGAAUCUGGAAGCAUCGAUGAGCUGUAUGCUCUUAUUGAUGAGAAUCCAUACAUACUUGAGAACAUUGAUGCAGUACCGUUUGUGAACACUCCCCUCCACGUAGCUGCAGCUUCGGGGAACAUAGAGUUUGCCAUGGAGAUUCUGAAUCUUAAGCCCUCUUUUGCGAGAAAGCUGAACACAAACGGGCACAGUCCAUUGCAUCUUGCUGCAUACAUGGAUCAAGAUGAGUUUGUCAACAGGAUGGUGAGGCUUGAUAAUGGUCUUGCCCGCUUUAAAGGGAGAAACGGCAUCACGCCGUUUCUUUUACUAGUGUCAAGAGGAAACGCAGCUCUUGUGAAAAGGUGCCUCCGUACUUCCCCUGAAUGUAUACAAGAUGUGAGCGUCAAUGACCAGAAUGCUCUGCACCUUGCUGUGAUUAAUGAUAAAAUUGAAGUGCUCCAAGUCCUCACCGGAUGGAUCCAGAGAAUGAGCCAAAGAAAUGCUUUCUCCAUUGAGAAAAGUGUUCUAAAUGGAUUGGAUCUUAACAAGAACACGCCUUUGCACCUUGCAGCAUAUAAAAAUGAUCACCAGAUGGCUAAGCUGUUAUUGGAAUGUCGGUUGGUUAAGCGGAACAAAGUAAAUGGUGAAGGUUUAACUUUCCUUGACAUCUUAAGAACCCAAGAACAGAGAGGCACUGAUGAAAGUUUAAGAAGCCAGGGACCGAGAGUCGUAGGAGAGGACUUGGAUUUGAAACAAGUUGCUGCAAAAACCGGGUGUAAAGAGAAGGCGUCCCUGCCAAGAUCCAAGAAAAGGUUUGAGAAUUAUAACUCACCCCUCGCUUUCUGGAUAUUUUACGCCACAUUCAUGAGACGCGUAAAGGCUAACACCUCAGACGAAUCUCGUGGAGUGUAUCUGAUUGUAUGCACUUUGAUAAUAACAAUCACUUACCAGACUGCCCUCCAGCCUCCCGGAGGUUUGCGCCAAUCCGGGGAUCCAAAUGCUGGUACCGUGAUGAUGGACCAGUCAAACUUCCUCUAUCUUUGGCUUUUCAACACCAUAGGCUUCUGCAGCGCUAUCUUCUACACCUUAUGUCUCCUACCAUUUAAUCGUUUGUUUGGAAAUUGGUUUUUGUGGAUUGGGACAUCUCUAUGCGGUUCCUAUGCUCUAGCAAUGGCAGUAAUCUCACUGCACCCUCUACCGUUUCUCUCUGCGACCUUAGCCUCCUUCCUCCUCAUUCCUCUCUCUAUGUUGUUUGUUGUUUUCGUAUUCCACUGGAAGAAGCAUUUUUCUAAAUAGUAAUAAUGUUCAGUUUUGUAAAUUAUUGAAUUUUAUGUGUAAUAUGCUAUAUAUAUGUUGUUGUUUAAUAUUUAAUAUGAUGAUCUAUGUAAGGAAUGCUUUCAUGCAUGUGAAAAUAUUCACUGAGG